AUGGCCCCCGGCAAGGUGCAAGUCAAGAAAGACCCCAGGGCCUGGAGCAGUCUGUCGCCUGCGCUGUCGCCCUGGAUUCUGGAUGCCGUCUCGGCCAUGGGCUUUGCGCGCAUGACGCCGGUGCAGGCCGCCACCAUGCCGCACUUUCUCGGCAACAAGGACGUCGUCGUCGAGGCCGUCACCGGCUCCGGCAAAACCCUCGCCUUCCUGCUGCCCCUCGUCCAGCGCCUCCUCCGACAAGAAGAGCCCACGAAGCGACACCACGUCGGCGCCAUCAUCGUCUCGCCGACCCGCGAGCUCGCCGCCCAGAUCCACACCGUCCUGCUAUCCCUCCUCGAGUUCCACGUGCCCUCGGCCGAGAUCCUGCCCUUCCUCGCCCAGGACGACGAGAAGCGGCCCGCCACCGCCGCGCCUGUCGUCGUGCCCCAGCUGCUGGUCGGCGGCACCACCACCACCGCCCAGGACCUUGCCUACUUUAUGCGCCAUAGCCCCAACCUCCUCAUAGCCUCUCCGGGCCGUCUUGUCGAGCUGCUCUCGUCGCCGCACGUCCACUGCCCGCAGUCCACAUUUGAGUCGCUCGUCCUCGACGAGGCCGACCGCCUGCUCGACCUCGGCUUCAAGCAGGACCUGCAAGACAUUUUGUCGCACCUACCGAAACAGCGCCGUACCGGUCUCUUCAGUGCCAGCGUUAGCGAAGCUGUCAGCGAAAUCAUUCGCGUCGGUUUACGGAAUCCCGUCAAGAUCGAGGUCAAGGUCAAGAUGAAGGACGGUGGCAUUCUCGAAGAUCGCAGGACGCCAGCCAGUUUACAAAUGACCUACAUGAUCCAACCCGCCAGCCACAAGUUGCCGGCGCUGGCGCAAUUGCUGCAAAAACUACCCAUCAUGCCGCAGAGAAGCAUUGUCUUCUUGUCCACAUGCGCUGCUGUCGACUACUUCCAACAUACACUGCCCAAAAUCUUGCCCAAGGGCGUAUCAUUAGUACCGCUGCAUGGCAAGCACCCAGCCAACGUCCGCGAAAAGAAUUUCAAGAGGUUUCUCUCCUCUGUAUCACCAACUCUCCUCAUCACGACCGAUUUGGCCGCGCGCGGUCUAGAUAUUCCCCAAGUCGACCUUGUCGUUCAAAUCGACGCGCCCUCCGACCCCAAAGUCUUUAUUCACCGCUGUGGCCGCGCUGGUCGCGCCGGCCGUAAAGGUCUUGCCGUCCUGAUGCUACACCCAGGCCGUGAGGAAGACUAUAUACGAUUUCUCGAUGUCCGCAAGACGCCCAUACACGAGCUCACGCGGCCCUCCAUCUCCGUCUCUGCGUCCGAUGCACAAGCCGCGACUGAGCAGUUCCGCAGCCUCCUGCGCGACGACCGCGCCAUCCACGACAAGGCGCAAAAGGCCUUUGUCAGCUGGGUGCGCAGUUAUAACGCCCACCAGGCCGCAUCCAUCUUCCGCGCCGCCGACCUCAACUGGGCGGAUCUCGGCGCCGCCUGGGGCCUGCUGCGGCUACCGCGCAUGCCAGAGCUCAAGAAGUGGGACGGCGACAAGAUGCUCGGCGUGACGAUGGACUGGGACAACUUUGCAUACAAGGACAAGGCGCGGGAAAAGGCGCGCUUGGAGGCGCUCGCUGAGGAGCGCAGCAGCGGCGGCGCGGCCGCGGAAAAGGCGGCGGCCGAAGCGAAGAAAAAGCGCAAGAACAACGCGGCGUGGAGCGGCCGCGCCGAGCAGGAAGAGGGGCGCGAGGAGCGCAGGGAGAAGCGCAGGAAGAAGCGAGAGGCGGAGCGCGCGGCCAAUAUGACGGCCGAGGAAAAGAGCCAGGACGCGGAGCUGCAGGACCUGCUUCGCCAGGUGCGCGAGCAGAACCGCGCAAAGAGGGAGGCGGAGAAGGUCGUCAAGGCCCAGGAUAGGGAGGAUUCAUUCGAGGGCUUUGACGACUAG